AUGUUAAAUAAUUGUGAUGAAUUACAUAUCUUAAGGCUCCCAAAAAUAGUAAAUACUUUUGCAAAAGAUGGUAUCAAUUAGUUUAAAACUAAGAAUUCUUAUAAUUGAGUAUGAAAGUUGGUAAAAUUAAUGAAUAUGGAAAUAAACAUACUAGAUAUUUUGUUUUAACCAAUAAAACAAUUUUGCUAUUAAAUAAAUAAAGUAACAACGAUAUCAUUUAAAAGCAAUCAGAAGGAAAGUACUUUUGUCAUUUAUAAUUGGAAUAACAAUAUCUUCAAAAAGUUUUGAGUUUAUUUUGCAUUUCAAAAAUGAAUAUGAUGAUGAUGAUCUCCGAUUAUAAACUGAGAAUAGAUCUAGAUUAAUAGAAUUCAUAGUCAAAACGUAUGCUACGGAAUUUCAUAUUCCUUUGGCCUCUUAUUAAGUUUAAGAUUUAAAUUUGAAGAAAUAUGUAGUUUAUAAAUAAGAUAGACAUAAACACAUAAGUAAAUUACCUAAUGUUAAAGCAAACUUUUUAAAUUAUAAACCAAUACUAGAUGAACAAGAGAAUUACUUAAAAAUGUAGCAAAUUUAUUAACAAGAUACAGAAUCUAAAUUAUUAUUUGGAGAUUUCUUAUUGAAAUUAAAAGAUUAUGAAAUGAAAAAGAUAAUUUGUGAAGGUAGUAUAUCAUAGAUUGUCUAAGUGAUAAAUACAAAAACUCAUACUUAUCAUAUUAUGAAAUGUAUUAAUAAGGAAGAUCAUAAAUAUUUAAAUUUAAAUGAAUUUGUUACCUUUGAAAAAUAUGUAAUUGAUCAAUUAGAUUUAGAAUCGUCAUCCAUUUUUGAUACCAUUAGAAUAUUGUUUUGAGACUUUUGAUAAAUAUUAUUUUAUAAUGCCAUAAGCUAAAUGUGAUUUACAUAAGAAAUUAGAUGAAUUAAAGAAAUUUGAUUAAAAAUAAUUAAUAUUCAUAGCGCAAGAAUUAGUUGUAGUAUUGGGAGAUUUACAUAAUAAAUAAAUAAUUCAUGGAGAUUUGACCUUAGAAAAUAUAUUAUUAGAUUAGAGUAAUCAUAUAGCUUUAUGUGAUUUUGGAUACUUAAGGAGAACAAUCAAAAAUAAAGAUUCAUUUUAUGGUAUUGCUGAAUAUACACCACCAGAAACAAUAUAAAAUAAAGAUUAUUAAUAUUAUAGUGAUUAUUGGUAAUUGGGAAUCAUUCUUUAUGAAAUGGCAUAUGGUCAUCCACCUUUUAUUGAUUAUGACUAGAAUUUAACCUUUGAUUACAUAUUAAAUUGCUAAUUAGAAUUUCCUAUUCAAAUUGAUGUUGAUUCUUAAUUUAAAGACCUCUUAUUAAAAGUAAUCUUUUAAUUUAAACUAUUAGCUAUUGUAAAAAGAACCAACUCAUAGAAUUGGAUAUUAAAUGGGAAUCUCUGAAAUUUAAGAACAUGAAUAUUUUUAAAAUACAAAUUGGAAAACAGUUUAUGAUAAAUAAUUAUAACCACCAGAAUUUGAAAAAAAAUUAAAAUUGUUUUGA